AUGUGGGCCCAUACCCCCCCCCAGCCCUCUUCUUUCUGCGUGGCCAGUGCCUGUGGAAUUCUGUCACCACAAGACAAAGGAGAAGAAUAUGAGGAACAGUACUCGGAAGCCAGACUCCUGGGGCAGACCUUCCGCUCCUCUGAUGAGCCCCCUGAGCCCACACCCAAUCCAACGCCCCAGCCUGCCAGGCAUCUGGAGUUAGUAUUGAUGCCUACAAAACAGCAGCUGAGUGAGGAUGAGACCACCACCCAGGGUGUGAGGGCCUCCGAGGCCUCACUGAAACUGUCUACCACAGCCGACAAGCAAACUGCCUGGAAUAGCCUCUUCCCUCUGACCAUCCUAGAGGAAAAGCAGUGGCCUCAGUCUUGCUGCACGCAGUCUGACAUUGUGCCCAUCAAUAUCUCUGGACAGCAGUUUGAUAAACAUGCAAGUUUGCGACACUCGUUGUUUAACACAGAGACAGCCGUGAACCCCAAGUCCACCCUGAGGCGGAGGCGGACCAUUAUUGGAUUCUCUAACUUUUCCCAGCGAGACCAAGGUCACAGCAACAGCCCAGUAGACAGUGUGGCUUGCUCUACCACCUCAGACAUCAGGCCCAGUCAUUCAGUUCAAGAAGGCGUUCAUGGAAUAGUUGCAGUUGCUCAGGAAGUUCAGUUCCCAAAUCUCACCUUUCCAGUACUAAGAAAUCCUUCCAGCAAUCUGGAAGAAACUCACCAGGAAGGUAGUGGUGCAAACCUUCCUGACAUGGAGAACAUGGGAAUGGUAUACAGUGUGCCCAGUUCUUGCAAUGGAACAACAGAAUCUACGUUCUCCACUUCCUGGAAAGGAGAUGCUUUCACCUACAUGAUUCCAAGCGCCACCAGCCAGAGCAAUCAAGUCAAUGAAAAUGUAAAGAAUCCUUCCUCUGGGAAUUCUUGGUUCUCUCUGAACACACUCCCACCUCUGGCUCCUAAGAAGGCUGCUACCCUUUUUAUUACUCGUGAUAACCCAGCAGGAUGCAGUGGAUUACCUGGCUACUCUGAGCACCCUACUCAACGAAAGCAGGUACCAGAAAGAGCCAGCAAGAUUGGCCUUCUGACCAGUGGUACCUCGAGACUGGAGACAACCCCAGGUGGGGCCAACAAAUUCCGGGAACGCUCACUGUCUGUGCCCACAGACUCAGGCAUCAUAGAUGUGGGCUAUGGUGAGGGGCAGAAGGCCAAUGAAACCUGUGCCCUGCCUCAUGCUAGUACAAGUUCUGAGGGAAGCAACAGUGCUGACAACAUUGCCUCCCUCAGUGCCGAACAGGAGGCCCAGCACAGAAGGCAGCGGUCCAAGAGUAUCUCGCUCAAGAAAGCCAAAAAGAAACCUUCUCCACCAAUGCGUAGUGUCUCUCUGGUCAAAGACGAGCCAGUCCUCCUGGCAGAAGUUGGACCAGCAUUAUCCAAGGAUGAGAGGCCCAAAAGCCUUUGCCUGUCUUUGGAACACCAAGGACAUCACUUGUCCCAUCCAGAUGCUCAGGGUCACCCAGCUGUGCCAACCAUCAAAGACUCAGAAGGUACACAAUUCUCCCACCAGUGGUAUCUUACUGAAUGGAAGUCUGGUGACACCUACCGAUCCUUGUCCAGCUCCAGCACUGCCACUGGCACCACAGUCAUUGAGUGCACCCAAGUUCAGGGCAGCUCAGAGUCUCUUGCCUCGCCUUCCACCUCCAGAGCAACUACACCUUCCCAACUCUCCAUUGAGGUGGAGGCCAGGGAGAUAUCCUCCCCAGGAAGACCCACUGGACUAAUGUCACCCUCCAGUGGAUACUCUAGUCAGUCAGAGACACCAACACCCACUGUCUCCAUGUCCUUGACCCUGGGCCACUUUCCUCCUCCAAGCAGCAGUGUCCGGAUACGUCCAGUGGUACCUGAGAGGAAGUCAUCACUACCCCCAACAUCACCAAUGGAGAAAAGUCCCAAGUCACGGCUAUCAUUUGACCUACCAUUGACCUCUUCCACCAACCUAGAUCUGUCUAGUAUGAGCAUCUCCAUGCAAAGAAAAACUAAGGUGAGCCAGUAUCAGUCAGAUACAAAUUUUGGGGCCAAGCUGGCCCAGAAAACUAGUCCCAACCAGCCAAUCAUGCCCAUGGUUACUCAAUCUGACCUACGUUCUGUUCGUCUGAGGUCAGUCAGCAAAUCUGAGCCAGAAGAUGACACUGAGAGCCCUGAUUAUGCUGAGGAACCUGGAAGAGAAGGCUUCACCUUGCCAGAAAGAAAGAUGAAACCUCCUGUAGCUGAAAAGCCUCUGCUGGCCCACAGGCUUCCAAGCUUGGUUCACAGGCCACCAUUGGUCUCCAAGGGAUACCCACUAACUUCACCUGCAUUGACUAUGACCACCAAGAGCUCAAUUCAAUACAUGAGGCCACUCCCCACAGACAUCUACACAGUGGUUCGGAAACCAAAGUCCUCCAGCUUCUCUAAUGCCAGGAGCCCAGGGGAGUCAGCAGCACACUUACCCCUUGUUUUCACACCUUUUGCUAGUUCCUCUGGUGCUUUCUUCUCAGCAACACAGCUGCCUCCUCAGGGAAGUAUGGAGGAUGAGAGCCCCAAGGUAAGAGCCCUGCCUGAAAGAAUUAGCCUCCAGAGUCAGGAAGAAGCUGAGAAAAAGAAAGGCAAGAUUCCACCUCCUGUACCAAAAAAGCCCAGCAUGCUGUACCUGCCUCUCACCUCACCCACAGCUCAAAUGCAGGUCUAUGUGGCAGAACCAAGGCUGCCUCUCAGCCCCAUCAUCACACUGGAGGAAGAUGCCAAGUGUCCCCCCACUGGCGAUAAGCUGCAAUCACCUGGUAAAAAGAUGACUUCAACUCCACAGGCUGACACUGAAAAGGAGGCAAGCCUUCUGGGGAGUUCUAUGGAACCAAGCACUGAAGAGAAAAGUUUAAUCAGUGGUAAAACAGCUGAAUCAAUUGCAGAAGAAGAUGAUGAUGUAUUUGUGGCGUCACGCACAACUGAAGAUUUAUUUACUGUGAUACACAGGUCCAAAAGAAAGGUGCUUGGCUGGAAGGAGCCUGGUGAGGGCUUUGUUGGCAGCAGACUGAGCUCCUACUCACCAAUAAAGAAUACAGCUGAUUCUCCAACCAGUGAGUCUGCUGCCUCUGCAGGGUCAGGCAUCAAUGCCAACCUAUAUGCUGGGAGAAACGAUGAUUUCAAGGCCCUGCUACAGAAGAAAGGAAGUAAGGUAACUCCAAGGUCCCGCACCUCAGCAGCUGAACUGCUAAAGACCACCAACCCUCUGGCUCGAAGAAUUAUUGCACAGUUUUCAAAAGACUAUGAAACCACUGAUAACUCUAGUACCUAA